AUGUCUACGCAACUUGCAGAUGGACACUGCGUUCCCUGUUCCAAGAAGGCGAUUCGGGAGCAGGGCCUCUCUAAAUUGUCAGACGCCGACGCACGCGCCAAGCUGAGCGAGCUGGAACAUGGAUGGAGUCUCGCUCCGCAGCCGACGCUAGCACAUGCCCAGGAAACGUAUCCACCCGCUCUGCACAAGGUGUAUCGAUUUCGCAACUUUGCCACAGCGUCCAGGUUUGCCUCCCAGGUGGGUCAGGAUGCGGAUGCGGAAGGCCAUCACCCAGCAAUCCUCCUGGAAUGGGGCAGCGUAGCCAUCUGGUGGUGGAGCCAUUCUCUAGGCGGUCUACACCAGAAUGACUAUAUCAUGGCCGCACGUACAGACCGCCUGGCAUCACAGGCAGAGGGGACAUCACUAUGGAAGCGACCGCUCGACUUGGCCUAUUUUCUUUUCUUUGCUAUGCACUUGUUUGCUAGCAUGUGUGUGGAUAUCCCGUCUCACUAUGUGCCAGCGCCGCUACGGGAUGUUCUCAGAGACUAUCUCUUAAAAAGUCAAGAUCCUCUCGUUCCGAAUACAUGGGCACCACGGUAUGCGUGGUUCCGUAUGUCGCUCUUUAGCGAAUUCGUACUCCAAGUGCCCGCAUUCGUGCUAGGUUUGUAUGCGUUUUGGACAGAUGAUAAGCGGGCCUAUCCCGUCCUGAUUGGAUAUGGUGCUAUCGCUUGUUUUACCACCUUGCAGUGUAUCGCUAUGGUUACCAUCGGUGAAGAGCGCUUGAUGCUCUCGGAGGCCAAUCUGACAUUUAUCCUGCAGAACUACAUUCCUUUUAUGCUGAUCCCAGGCAUCAUGAUGGUCGAUAUGACGCUGCGCUGCAUGCGUCUUAUGCCGCGUCCUGCUACACUCGCACAUGCCAAAUCGCAAUAG